CAUCCAUUAAUUUCUUCCGGGUUAACCGAACCGGUGUUUACUAUUUGGACGGGCAGAAUGUCACAAUUUUUCUUUUGGAGUCCAGAAGAGGCAGCAGAGAAACAAGUCUUGCAGAUUGGUGCCUCAGCAUGUGGUGCUACCGGUGUCAUUAAUGUUUUGAGAGUAUUAGACCUUCCCAGCUCAGUAGAGGAGGUGGCACCGCACAUCAACACCCGACUACGGGCCGAGGAUGCCCCCGUCAUCGAGUAUCUCCACUCCAGGAGUGUGGCAGGGACGACCCAUGAAGAACUGAUUGCAGGGUUGGAGAAGAGCUCACAAUCAAAGGUCUUCGCUCGAUUCUUCCCCUUCCAUCCGAGGAGAGAUGUGAACCUUUCUGAUUGGCUCAAAGGAUGGAUGAGGCAAGGAGUUGUUGGACUGGCUACCCUCAACCUUCAACGAGCGGUACCCCAAGGGUACCAAGUACCAGAUGCAUGGCACCAUCAGAUGAUCUAUGGUGUAGAAGACAACAAGAUUUACAUGUGCAAUCCUGUGGUGGCCGAGUCUCAUGCAGAUGUUAUGGAGCAACUAUGUAGUGAAUCAGUGCUCUUGAUACGUCGGUCAGAUAUCAUGAAGAGAUACUCAGCUGAGGAAGACUUACGUAAAAUAGAAGUUCAUCCUGAUAUGAGAUGGAGAGAGAUGAAAGUAUCAGACCAAGUUUACAAGAUCAUCGAUGAGGACAUGGCCAUCCCGCUACCAAAGACCGCUGCCUAUGAUGUUCUGAGGGAUUGUCUUUUCACCAGCCAUGUGACGAUCCCUGCGGCGUAUCAGUCUGGUAUCACGUUGUGUGUAAGACAGGACAAUAUCGAGGCAUGUCAGAGGUUGACAGAUGCUAAGCAAUUACCCAUCUUAGAGUCUAGAAAGAACGAGGAGGAGGAGGAGGUGGAGGUGGUGAUUACCUCUAAAAGGACUGAGGAUUCAGCUUCAGGCGCUGCUAGUUUAAUACCAUAGUGGAAUUUCUAUCAUUAUUAUGACUUUGUUAUGAUUAUCAUUAUGAGUGUGUGUUUAAGUAGUAGUCAAGUCUUGCCCGAAGAGUGAGAAAUUAUUAAAUUUUGUGAUUCCUCGCAAAUCUAACUUUAUUUCAUAAUUGAAUUGAAUU